AGGCAGAGUUAAUACAAACUCUGGCUCAUGAAAUGGUUAAUCCCGCACCUACCAGCGGAUUAACUCCAAACGCAGAAGGAACACCCUCUUAUAAAACCGACCCUGAGAUGUGAAAGGAUAUACGUCAGCUCUAAGUAGACUCACACAAAAGUGGAUAGUUACUGCCUACAAGGGCUGCGUUACUUAGGUCCCGACAGACUGGAAUACAUACCACCAUUAUUGUCUUUGGUCUACCGUGAUACUUUCCAGUUUAAUGAAGUGCACAUCGAAGCUUUUCUUUCCCCGCAAAUUGAAGAAUAUAAUUGUUUGUAGUCAUAUUGCCCACCAUAAGUAAUACAAAGAAGAAGAAGAAUGGGUUAUAGUUUUAUCUAUGUUGAAGAUAUAGAAGUUGUGUUUAAAGAUCCAUAAUAUAUAUCUCUGUUUGUAUUCUGUGCCAAUGGAUUUAUGACAACCCUACCGAUUUUUCUGUGAUGGAACAAAAAUGUGGAAGGUGGAAACGCAUGGAACGUAAUUUGACCUUGAAUAGAAGUAGAUGCUAGACUAGAAUUUAAUUAUAUGCAACAUAUGCAACGUAUUUUUGUUGGUGUAUUACAUCAGAAAAUUUUACGUUUGGCUACGUCGUGUUGUGAUUCAUUGAAAUAAAUAAGAAACUAACUCCACGUGUUUAAACUUUGUUAAAUAUGUCAGCGAAAGAAAUGUUGGAUAGGCAAAUUAAGGAACAAGCUGAUAUUGUAAGAAAAUUAAAAUCCUCAAAAGCUUCCAAAGAAAAGGUUGCAAAUGGAAUUUGCCAUUCAUUUUUACAUAAAGAAGAAUUCUACACCGUGUUGAACGUCUAUCUCACAGAUUGCAGCUAUUUAUGCUUCUAUAAUCCUUCCGUCGCCGAUUCAAUUAUAUACAAGUGUUUGUCUAGCGAUGAAAAGUGUAAAAAUUUGUUAAAAAAGUAUGUACAUGUGAAUCGAUGGUAUAAUCACAUUAAGAGUUACUCAGAAGUUGAACAAAGUAAAUUCUUGAAAUGUGAUCCAGUAAAACUUCGACAGUUAACUACAUAUUUUUUAGAUGUUCAGAUUUCUGAGGAAGUGAAUAAAUUGCUAGAUCUUAAGGCGCAACUUAGUGAGAAAGAUGGUGGACCGCAGUCGGAGAAUGUUAACCAGAAAUUCACACUUAAAACACCAAAGGGCACAAGAGAUUAUUCUCCUGAGCAAAUGGCAUUACGUCUCUCUGUGUUGAAUAAGAUAGUGACAGUUUUUAAGAGACAUGGCGCAGAAACCAUAGACACUCCAGUUUUUGAAUUAAAGGAGGUGUUGACUGGUAAAUACGGCGAAGAUUCAAAAUUAAUCUACGAUUUAAAAGACCAGGGAGGCGAAAUAUUAUCUCUGCGCUAUGAUUUAACAGUUCCUUUUGCCAGAUAUUUAGCUAUGAAUAAGAUUACAAAUGUUAAACGUUACCACAUAGCCAAAGUUUACAGACGUGAUAAUCCAUCGAUGUCGAGAGGAAGAUACAGGGAAUUCUACCAGUGCGAUUUCGAUAUAGCGGGCGCUUAUGAUCCGAUGAUACCAGAUGCCGAAUGUAUUAGGAUCGUUUGCGAAAUUAUGCAGGUAUUAGACAUUACCCGUUUCGUGGUCAAAAUAAAUCACAGACUUUUGUUGGACGGAAUGUUUGAGGCCUGCGGCGUGCCCAAGGCCAGUUUCAGAUGCAUAUGUUCAGCUGUUGAUAAAUUGGAUAAGUCGCCUUGGGCGGAAAUCAAGAAAGAAAUGGUGGAAGAAAAAGGUUUACCAGAAGACGUGGCGGAUAAAAUUGGGGAAUAUGUUAAAUUGAACGGGGGAGGGGAUUUAGUAGAUAAAUUGUUACGGGACGACAAAUUGUCGAAAAACAAAUCAGCGGUUGAAGGCUUGGAAGCGAUAAAACUCCUUCUGAAGUAUUGUGACAUAUUUGGAGUUUCUGAGCGGGUUCUGUUCGAUUUGAGUUUAGCUAGAGGUUUAGAUUACUACACUGGGAUUAUAUAUGAAGCGGUGCUUCUAGAAGAAAAUACAGACAAUAAAGGAGACAAUGAUGUUUCUGUGGGUUCAGUUGCGGGCGGUGGUAGAUAUGAUAACUUGGUCGGCAUGUUCGAUGUUAAAAAUAAACAGGUCCCUUGUGUCGGUGUUUCCGUAGGCAUAGAACGAUUGUUCGCUGUUUUGGAAGGAAAACUUUUGGCAUCUAAUAGAAAAUUUCGAACGACCGAUGUAGAUGUGUAUAUAGCGACAGCGCAAAAGAAUCUGGCUGAGGAGCGCUUAAAGAUAUGUAAAGAACUGUGGGACGAAGAAUUUAAGGUGGAAUUUUCAUAUAAAAAAAAUCCGAAAUUACUGGCCCAGUUGCAAUAUUGUGAGGAAAGGAGUAUACCGUUUGCGGUAAUAUUGGGCGAAUCAGAAAUUCAAAAAGGAGUUGUUAAGCUCCGAAAUGUGUCCACAAGGGAAGAAAUUGAAGUGAAACGGGGCUCUUUGACUGACGAAUUGAGACGGCGGUUAGUUGGAAGGUUGAACAUUGAAGAUUUGUGGUUCCAACACAAUGGAGCCACUUGUCACACAUCCAGAGAAAAGAUGCAAUUGCUGCCGGGCAAGUUUCCUGGUCUCACGGAACGGCGAUAUCAAUUGGCCGACGCGAUCAUGUGAUCUUACUCGCCUAGAUUUUUUUUUAGGGGUAUCUAAAAAGCAGAGUGUAUAGAAAUAAACCAAACACUAUUCCAGAGCUGAAACAGGACAUUAAGCGCUUAAUAGCCGGCAUAGAACCUGAAUUGUGUCAAAAAGUGAUAGGAAAUUUCAAUAAACGAAUUACGUCAUGCCACAUGAGUGGCGGGGGUCAUUUGAAUGAAAUCAUCUUUCAUACCUAAUUGUAAUACACUAAUCUAAAAUGGCAAAUAAAAAUGUUUGUAUAUUUUUAUAUUCUUCCGAGUUUUUUGUAUUAUUUUAAUGUGGAAACCCUUAUUGAAUCACCCUUUAUAUAGGCAUACCAUUUUUCAAUCAAAUCUGCAUAAUAGAAAAACACUAACUGUUGCGAAAUAUAUUAUUUAAAGAAGCGCUAAAUUAAAAUAUUUAGUUGGUAACUAGCGAAUCUAUCAUUGCCGAGCCAAACUGGUUUAUUGAUUACGAGGAAACGAGGACAGCGUAAGCCCAAGAAAAAAUUGUUUUGGUUAGUAUUGGCUCCUGUUUUAUUGGCUUUCUUAUAAACUGAUUUGAUCUAAGAUAAACUAGUUGAACUGAAGAACUCACUUUUGACUAUUUAUGAAUUAUUCAUUUGAACUAACGAAAUAUUUGAGGCAUCUUCUCACACAGAUCUAAUUAGAAAGGUUAAACC